CACCGUCUAUUUACUAAUCGGGUUAGAGGAAAAACAUCUUUUCUCAAAUUACACGUUUGCUUUGUGACAUCUGAAAGGAUAAUUUCUAUUUAUGAACACUGAAAGGACCUGAGAUCGAGUCCAUGUCAGAUCUUAAAUAUUUGCAUUCUGUUACAGCAUGUAUUUGAAGAUUUUUUCUACAAACGGUUGCAGUUGAGAGUCAGAGAGAAUGUGAUCCUGGAUAAUGAAUACGUUGAACAAAUGCUGGAGUUAUUUCUGUGGCUGCAGGCAGCUGUUUUUGGGUUUAUGAUUAGAGGUGUUGACUUAGCAGUUCAAAAUGCACCUUAAGCUUCUUUUACCUUUUGACCAGUUGAAGAAAUGGACUCAUCGACUUCUGUGCCAAAGAAGAUGUACCCUAACUAAAGCGCUACUUAUAACUACAUUAUUGACAGUCAUAUCGUUUUUUGUCUUGAAUUAUCACCAUGGUGACUGGACAACGAAGCCAAAAAAACCUCAUUUAUCAUCGCCACCUGCCCCUAUCACUACAUGUAAUUUGCUGAACAAAGCAAAAACUGAUAGAGGUCCAAAUAAUCAUGAUACUCGGGGAAACCUCAGGAUUGGGCGUAAGGUGCUGAUUAUGGUCGAUUCUCCAUUUUCAAGGAACGCCAAAAAUAUCGCAGCUUCAAUGGAAUAUUCUAGAUAUCCGUAUAAAAUUGUGGACGAUGAGAAGAACUUGCCUACAUUAAUCCAUAUGGGUAAAGGUAGAUUUGGCGUGAUUAUAUUUGAGACUAUGGCAUUGUAUUUAUCGUUAGAUGCAUGGAAUAGGCAGCUUAUUGACAAAUACUGUCGGGAAUAUAAUGUUGGUGUGAUAUUUUUUAUGAAGCCUAAAGGCGAGUUAGAAGUUUUAAUGGAGAAUGUGCAAGAUUUUUCUUUCUCAGUGCAAUAUAAUGUAGCUUUAAAAGACUAUUCUCUUAAUGCGGCUUCCAAAGUGUGGCGAAUUACAAAGCCAGGGGAGGUAAUAAAGGAAACUUUCCCAGAAGAAGACUGGGCAGUAUUUUAUCCAAAUCAUUCAACAUUUGAACCUUUAGCAUUUGCAACACAGACUGUGUCUCUGUAUGAUGAUUAUGAUCCAUCCAGUGUCACGAAAAAUAAAACUGUGUAUCCAGCCAUCCUUGAUACAGGAAAAAACGAUGGAAUUCAACGAGUGUUUUUUGGUCACAAUUUUUCGUUCUGGUUGCACUCUUUGCUGCUGUUGGACAGCAUCUCCUUCCUGUCCCAUGGGAAACUGAGCCUCGGACUUGAACGUCAUAUACAGAUUGACAUUGAUGAUAUAUUUGUAGGGGCAAAGGGAACAAGAAUGAAAGCUCAUGAUGUUGUUGCCUUGUAUGAAGCCCAAGAGAGACUGCAGGAGCAAGUGGAUGGUUUCCGAUUUAUGCUUGGCUUUUCUGGCUGGUAUUAUCAGCAUGGUACAGAGGAAGAAAAUGCUGGAGACCAGAUGUUACUUC